GUAAAAAUGACAAGUUGUCAAGUGAAAUGUCUAUCUAGUUUGACAGUACGCAAUUACUGAACGAAAAAAAAUUCGCUUAUAGGUUAUGAAUUGUGAUUUGUGAUUACUUUUUGUUGUUAUUGUAUAAUUUUAUACAAACCUGAUAUAAAAACACUAAUAAUGCCGCUACCGCCAGCCAGUGGAACCGGAAGAUACUUCGCCAAAGCUGCUAAAUCGAUUCGAUUACUUCGUCAUGGAUGUACGAAUAGGCCUUUUUUCCACAUCUCUGUAACUCACAGACGAAGACCAAACAGCUUACCUGUUAUCGAACAACUUGGCUCCUAUGAUCCGAUGCCUAAUAUGGAUAAUGAAAAGCUGGUCGCUUUGAACCUAGAAAGAAUAAAAUACUGGCUUGGUCAUGGAGCUCAUGUCACAACACCAGUUGCAGAGUUACUAGGUCUAGCAGGUUUCUUUCCCAUUCAUCCACGAUCUUACAUGACUGCUUGGAGAAACAGAAGAACUCAAAGGGAGAACCUUGCUAAGGAAGCAGAAAAAGAAGCCGAAAGCAAAAAGGAAUAAGUUUAGUUAAUUAUUGUUAUUUUUAUUAAGAAAUAUAACUAUUAGAUCUAUAA